UCACCGAGCUUCCGACUACUGUCUAUUCAUCUUCUCUCACCAUCAAUCUCGUGUACAUUCCACUCUUUUGUCGUCGUUUUCCAGUCGUGGGAUAUCCUGAAGGGAUGUUGCUUGUACAACAGCUCACCGAGCUUCCGACUACCGCCUAUUCAUCUUCUCUCACCAUCAAUCUUAAUCUCGUGUACCGUCCACUCUUUUGUCGUCGUUUUCCAGUCGUGGGAUGUGCUGAAGUGAAUAUUGAAGAGCUACCACAAUACAGCAACACCAAUAGACAGGGAACAGCGCCUGCGAAAGCGGCCGAGUACGCGUUAU